CAACCUUUUCCAUUUUUAUUUUAAAAUUAAAAUUUUGGAAUAUACAAAUAUUGAAAAGGAGCGUGAAGGAACGCGCCUGAAGGGCGGUGUGUGGAUUGAAUCUGAGAGGUGUCAGAAGUCAGAACAUGUCAUGUUUUCUGACAAAGUAGGCGUUGAUUUGAGAAAGCUCUGCACACCAACAACUUUCUUCUUCUUUUCUUUUCCACUUCAUUUCUCUCUCUCUUUCUUUUUUCUUUUGCCUUCGUCCUUCCUCCUCCGUAUCGUCCAUGCUCUGUUCCCUCGCCAUGUGACCUCCCAAUAAUCAAAUCAUUGGAGAUAAUACGUGUACGCUUCAUAAAUUCCCACGUGGGGAGCCGUUAGUGGUGGGGACUGUUAAGAGUACCAAAAUAUAUUUUAGUGGACUCGUGUCAAACGCUGUCUCAUAAUCUGCCACGCAACACUUGAGAUAUUUUCGAGCCACAAGGGAAAUAUCUUCCAUUUUGAAGCCGUAGACACGUGGCGAAAGAUCCUCAGGUUCAUCCAAGCGCUGACGUUACUCCUCGAUUCGAUAUCAAAUAUUCCAGUAAUGGCUCAUCGACACGCGUCUUCUACCCAAUGGGGAGGGGACACGUGCAUUACUUGCAGCCCAGGAUCUAGACCUUUACUGGCCAUUGGAUGGAUGACGCGUGUCCCGGGAGAGAGGUCUAUUUAUAAGCGCGUACACACCACCCUCUCGCGAAAACACAGCGCCGCCGGAAUGAGCGCGAACCAGAGGCUGCGAUUGAACUCACCGGGUCCUGCAUCCGAUUCGGGUGAGUCGGGGAUACUGAACGAGCGGAUACUGGUUCUGAUCUUCGAGUCCAUCAAGUGGGACAUCCACGUCCUCUGCGCGGCGUCCGCGGUGAACCGGAAGCUCAGAGCUGUAGCGACACGGCUAUUAUGGAGGGAGCUGUGCGUGUAUCGCGCACCGCGCAUGGUAACGGCAUUGGCGACCGGUGCGCCGAACGGCAGACUUGGCGGGGGAUGGCACGCGCUCGCCAAGCUGAUGUUCUUCUGCUGUGGCUGUGAGUCGACUCGGCACUUCCGAGUGAGUCGGCCGUCACCCGGCCACUUCGUGAAGGAGUCACGGUUCUCGAAAACGUCGGGUCGGAGCUUUUUGACGAAGAAAUGUAGUGGCGAUCUGCUGUAUGUGAGUGAUCCGUGUGAGCAUCCAAUGGGGGAGAGGGAGGAUGAUUUGGGGAUAUACAGAGGGGUAUUUAGGGGAUUUAUGAGAUCAAAGACGAGGGCGUGUUUGAUCAGACGGCAGGUGAAGCUGGAGGAGCGAGUGUGCUGUCCUUACUGUGGGGCCCGCGUGUGGAGUAUGACCGCCGCGAGACUCGUCCCCAAGAGCGCAGCUCGGCGGCUCGGCACCCACGACGGCGGGCUGGAGUACUUUGUGUGUCUGAACGGACACUUGCACGGCACGUGCUGGCUCGUGCCUCUUUCAUCUGAUGAAGACAAUGGAGACGAUGAGGAUGCGGACGAUGGAUGUAGUGAUGAUGCAGACGAUGGGUCCGGUCGAAGUGAAUGUGAUGAUCGGACGGUGACGGAUGGCAGUGUGAGCUCCAUCAGCGAGGAGAUUGCCGCAGAUGGCCCACCAGAUCAAUCCCUUUGUACUUAAGACUAAAGAGAUUUGUUGAAGCACUUGGCUGAUGGCUCCACUCAGAGUGACCCCCUACACCCCACUCCAAAUCUUGCCACGUUAUCCACACCAAUUUGACAUGUCACUAAAUAAUAUUUAGUCCUGAAUUAUGGUGACCAAUAAUUCGAUAUUCAAAGAUUCAGUGGGUUGAGAGGCAAUGGACCGCGACCGGCCCUCAAAAUAAAGGUAGGUGACGUGGAGGUUGAUGGAUAUUUAGAUCCUCAUUUUUUGACGAUAUUUCUUAUUCUGGAUUUGUUAGCCUUGUAUUCUCCAUCAAUUUGUUGAUGGCAUUUGUAUCUUGUCCUUUCUAAUGUAAUGUGUUGACCUCUGAGUAGAUUUCUCAUUUUUCUCAA